AUGGGGAGAAUCGAAAGGAUUGUACAUUUCCAUGUCGCAUUCUGGAUUACACUCAUCGCUGCGUUUUUACGCGUCUGUCAUGGCGACCUGAGCUAUUCCGUACAAGAAGAGAUGAAAAAAGGAUCAGUCGUUGGAAAUAUCGCCAAGGAUCUUGGUCUCGGCGUGAAAGGACUUUCCGACAGAAAGGCUCGCAUAGAAAUUGAAAGAAAUGGACGGCGUUUUCUCGAUGUACAGGGAGGGGAGUUGGUUAUUGCAGAAAGAAUAGACCGUGAGGAGCUCUGCGGGUCGAAAUCAUCAUGCCCUUUAAAUUACGAGCUUGUUUUGGAGAACCCGUUGGAACUGCAUCGCAUUGCACUUCAAAUCGUGGAUGUAAAUGACAAUGCACCGCGGUUCCCGAAGAACGAGAUGAAAUUGGAAAUAAGCGAAUCUGCUUACAAAGGCGCACGCUACCCUUUGGAUGAAGCGCACGACUCGGACGUGGGGCGUAAUGGAAUUCAAACCUAUUCAUUGGAGAAAAACGAGUAUUUUACCCUCAGUGUGCAGUCAAAUUCAGACGGUAGUAAAUAUGGAGAAUUGGUUCUAGACAAAGAACUCGACCGGGAACAGCAGCAAGAGGUAACAUUGUUGCUUACCGCCAGUGAUGGAGGGUCUUCACAAAGAUCAGGCACAGCAGUCAUUUAUGUUAUUGUCCUGGAUGCAAACGACAAUCGACCAGUAUUUACCGAAACCAUUUACAAAGCUAGCCUACCUGAAAACUCCCCUUCUGAUACAGUAGUUGUGACUGUAAGUGCCACCGAUGCAGAUGAGGGAGCUAACGGAGAGGUCACUUACGACUUCAGCCGCAUCUCUGACAAAGCGGCAAGGCUCUUCUCUAUCGAUAACAUAUCUGGGGAGAUCAAAGUGAUAGGUCCGAUAGACUACGAGGACAAAUAUGAGUAUGAAUUGAGAGUUCAGGCAAAGGAUGGCGCAGGUUUGACGUCUAAUGCCAAGGUGAACAUAGAAAUCACGGAUGUUAAUGAUAAUGCACCUGAGAUAUAUGUCAAAUCUCUGAACGUGCCUAUCCCCGAAAAUACGCCCCCAGGAACAGAGGUAGGAAUUAUAAAUGUGCAGGAUAAGGACAAUGAAGGGAAUAGACAGCUCCGCUGCUCCAUUCAACAAAAUGCCCCAUUUAAAUUAAAUCCAUCCAUUAAAAAUUACUACACACUGGUUACUACUGCUGAAUUAGACCGUGAGCUUGUAGGUGAAUAUAAUGUUACAAUUACAGCUACUGAUGAGGGAAGUCCACCACUUUCUUCAUCCAAGACAAUACACCUUUCUGUUUCUGAUGUGAAUGAUAAUCCCCCUGUGUUUGAGGAGCAGUCGUACAAUGCAUAUGUGUCUGAGAAUAACAAGCCUGGCUCCUCUGUGUGUUCUGUUAGUGCCAGAGACCCAGACUGGAGACAGAAUGGCACAGUCUUCUACUCUCUGUUGCCCAGUGAGGUCAAUGGUGUUGCACUCUCCUCAUAUUUAUCCAUUAAUGGAGACACAGGGGUGAUCCAUGCUGUGAGGGCCUUUGACUAUGAGCAGUUCAGAAGCUUCAAAGUUCAGGUUGUAGCCAGAGACAAUGGUUCUCCUCCACUCAGCAGCAACGUGACUGUCAGUGUGUUCAUAACAGAUGAGAAUGAUAACUCUCCUCAGAUAUUAUACCCUACUCCAGAAGGAAACUCCUUCAUGACUGAGAUGGUUCCUAAAGCUGCUCUUUCUGGCUCGCUGCUGUCCAAAGUGAUUGCUGUUGAUGCUGACUCUGGACAGAACGCAUGGCUGUCAUAUCAGAUCGUCAAGUCGACUGAUCCGGGACUUUUCACUAUUGGUCUCCACAGUGGAGAGAUCAGGGCUCAGAGGGACAUUUCUGAAUCUGACAGCAUGAAGCAGAACCUUGUGAUCUCAGUGAAAGAUAACGGACAGCCCUCUCUCUCUACAACCUGUGCCGUAUACUUAGUCAUCUCAGAUAACUUGGCCGAAGUUCCUGAACUCAAAGACAUGUCUUAUGAGGAGAACAACUCUAAACUCACAUCUUAUCUGAUCAUUGCUCUGGUGUCUGUGUCCACAUUUUUCCUGACUUUCAUCAUCCUGAUCAUUGCUGUGAGGUUGUGUCACAGGAGGAAGCCCAGACUGUUGUUUGAUGGAGCAGUAGCCAUUCCCAGUGCAUAUUUACCUCCCAACUAUGCAGAUGUUGAUGGAACUGGAACUCUCCGUAGCACUUACAACUAUGAUGCCUACAUGACAACAGGUUCACGCACAAGUGACUUCAUGUUUGUCACCUCUUACAAUGACAACACUCUGCCUUCUGCUACCACUCUGAAGAGGAGCCCAGGUGACAACAGUGAAUGCCUCAACUUCACUUCUCUCGACUUCACUGACACUGCAUCCAAAUGCUCUACACUGGCCUAUUACAUGGGCUAA